AUGGUAAAAGCACAGUGGUCCGGUGCCACACAAUCGGAGAUUACUAUAUCAGGUGAGACCGGGAACUGGACUAUUGAACUCAAAUAUGACGCCAAAGUUAUCAUUAAUGGCACAUAUGGCGGUAAAGUAAAGACUGCCAGUUUUGAUGAGCUAACAUUUAUCAUAACGGGCGAUCCAAUUGAGCCAGGUGCUCAGCAUACUGUCCAAUAUCAAGCUCAUUAUGAUCAUAAUGCCGGUGCUAAUCUUAUCAGUGCAAAGUUUAAUGGAAAACAAAUUGACAUUGGACCAGUGGCCACCGUAUGGCCAAUAACUGUGGCACCCGUCGGGCCUACAGGUCAUUACAACUACGGGGCUGUGAUUCACGCCUCUCUACUCUUCUAUGAGGCCCAGAGAUCCGGGAAAUUACCCACAGAUAAGAGGAUUCACUGGAGGGGAGACUCUAUGCUCGACGACGGCAGAGAUGUUGGCAAAGACCUUACCGGCGGUUACUUCGAUGCCGGUGAUUUAGUGAAGUUUGGUUUCCCGAUGGCUUACACGAUGACUGUCCUGUCGUGGAGUCUCAUCGACUACGAGGACUCGUACAUAAAGGCCGGCGAAUUGACAAAUGUACGCAAUGCUAUCAAAUGGGGCACUGAUUACUUCAUUAAAUGCCACACAAAUGACACCGAGUUUUACGGACAGGUGGGUAAUGGCAAUGAGGACCACGCGGUGUGGGGCCGACCCGAGGACUGGCCUAAGAGUAAAGUGAGGCCCGCGUAUAAAGUGACGACAGCUCACGGAGGCAGUGAUUUGUUGGGCGAGACGUCGGCAGCUUUGGCCGCGGCAUCGCUGGCCUUCAAGACAUCUUAUCCUAAAUAUUCAGCAAAACUCUUAACACACGCCAAGUCUUUGUAUACAUUUGCGGACAAACAUCGGGCUAACUAUACCACAGAGAUUAGUGAUGCCAAGAGUUUUUACAAUAGCAUAUCGGGCUAUGGGGAUGAGUUGGCCUGGGCUGCGGCCUGGAUGCUCAGGGCUACCAAUGAUAGCCAUUAUAAAAGUGAAGUGAAUAAGCAUUUCAAAGAGUUUAGCGGACAACUGGACAGACCGGGAGGGUUCGGGUGGGACGACAAGUCGGCCGGCGCUCACGUACUGCUCGCCCAAUUGGUUGGCGACCAAAAGUAUAAAACUUAUGUACAACAGUAUUGCGAUUGGGCCGUACAUAAAGCCCCGCGAACGCCCAAGGGUUUGGCAUUUAUGGGCGAAUGGGGUUCACUAAGAAGUGUAUCCAACGUUGCCUUCAUUUGUCUUCAGGCGGCGAAACUCGGUAUCAACGAAAAGGUGUACCGGAAAUUUGCCGAAUCGCAGAUCGGAUACAUAUUAGGCGAUACGGGCAGGAGUUUUGUGGUGGGGGUUGGGGUAAACCCGCCCUCCCAUGAACACCACCGGGCAUCCUCGUGUCCUAACCCUCCGGUGGUGUGCGAUAACUAUGCGUUCAACAAUCCGGGCCCAAACCCGCAGACCCUGACGGGCGCACUCGUUGGCGGACCC